AUGACCACCAUUGCUUGCUUAAAGGUUUUUCUUGUGCUACUUGUAACUCUCUUCCCAACCCAAAUUCUUGCUCAAAAUGCUGCCUUAGCAGUUUGUGAUCACACUUUGUACAGGGUAUUGUGCAUACAACAUCUUAAAUGGGACCCGGCGAGUAAGUCGGCUACUACUUUUGAAGACGUAGCCAUGAUUAUGCUAAAUCAUGCAACAUCUACAGCAAAACAAAUAAGUGACCAGCUCACAAAACGGCUUGAAGAAGCAACAUCGUCGUCGGGCGGCGAUGCAAUUGCCCUGGUAAAUUGCAGUAAGUACUACCGAGAUGCAAUCGGAAAACUUGCGGAUUCGAGCAAAGCCCUGCAAUCUAGGAGGUACGAUGAUCUUAAGAAUUCGAUGUUGGUUGCCAUGAAGGCAGGUGACAAAUGUGACCAAGACUUCAAGGAAUUUGGAAAAACUGGCAAGUCUCCAUUAGGCGAUCAGGGUCACACAUAUGGCAUGCUUUGCAGCAUUGUCUUGCAAUUGACCAUUCCCAAAUGAAAGGGCGCUAGCUAGCUAUCCCCCACUUCUUCUUUUUUUUUUUCUUUUUUUUUUUCUGUUCUAUAUACCUGCUCUCAUUCACUCGAACUGUUUUCUCAAUUGAAUUUACUAUUUA